AAAGCAAAAAAGUUCUGCAUCCAUCAUUUCGAAAAUGGAAAUAGAAGAUCUUUCUGAACUGUGCCGACUGUGUUUGGAAUCAUCAACAUCAUUGAUUCCAUUCGAUACAACGCUACAUUUCUCGACCAAAUCCAUUCCUGAACUUAUUAAAUACUGUGUUGAUUUGAACUGUAACUUACAAGAUGAAGGAAUAUCACCAAAAAAUAUAUGCCAAGGAUGUUUGGAUAAACUUCAGCUUGUUCACGAGUUUAAGUGGAAAUCUCACGAGUCGGAUAAAUAUUUGAAGCAAAUCAUAAGUCAUAGUGGACUAAUUCCACCGGAAGAGCCAGAUAUCACACCAUACAAUCCACUUAAUGAAAUUAACAGCAGCUUAUAUGAACAUGCCGAUGAUGAGGAUGAGGAUGAAGAUGAUGAAAAUUCAUUACUUACACCAAUGGAACCAAUGGAUUUUGAUUAUACUAAGCAAAUUAGUAAUGCGGUGGAAAAUGGUCUUGAAUUGAAAAAGGGUCAACGACAUGGAGAGUUUCAUUGCCGCAUCUGCAACAAAUACUUCAAAUACGUUAAGCCAUACAAAAAUCAUUUGAAAUUACACAAAUCAACUCCUAAGAAAAUCUCAUAUUAUAAAAGAAAGAAGCUGCUGCUGGCACAAGCGAGUGAACAAACAUUAUCGCCUCCAAAAUCAGCUCCUCUAAAGAUUGUAAAGACUCUAUCAAGAAGAUCAGAGCCACAAGCAAAAUAUGACUCAUUAUCACCAUAUAAUUCACCAGCACCUUAUGAAAAAGAAUCAAAUGCGCUUCAUACAAAUCGUGAUUCCUCGCCUGAUUUUGGUGAUUUUAUGUUACAGACUUCAAGGCACUUGUUAAAUGGAGAUGACUAUGCAGAGGAGCAACAAGCCGGAACAUCAAAUCAUCGACCAAAAGGAAGAACGUGGAAAAAGGAUGACGCUGAUGAUGUAGAUUACAAUCCUAAUGCCCGUAAAACACGAACAGUGAAACCAUCAAUAUUAAAAAAGCCAUCGUCGCUAGUAGCAGCUGAAGCAAUUAUACCUGAUAUUGUGACUCCACCAUUAGAGAAAAGAAGAGUUCGGUUUCCAGCAAAAAGUACAAAAGAGGUAGACGAAGAUGAGCCACCACCCAAGCGACCUGGUCCGUUAUCAAAGACUAGACUAAAAGCAAAAACCACAGAGGAGAAAGUGAUGAUUGAAGGAUUCAGUGAGGUUGAUAUUACUAAAAUGUUGAAAAAACCUAGAAGAGAUGAUUCGUCAAAAUAUGUCGAUGACUCUGGAUCACAAUCUCAAUCAUCAAACAGAUCAAGAAGUCGAUCAGCAUCAGUUGAAUUAAUUCCCGAGGUUGACAUCUUUGGUCGAGGUUAAGUUAAUUAAUUUUAAGCUUCCAAUAUUUAACAUAUUUCUAUAAUGGAAACAUAGCUGAUGCGAUAAACCCAGCGAGUAAGACGCUUAACAUCAGUUGACAUGCAAAGUGUCUUACUCAUCUAUUAAUUGUAUUCAAUGUAAUAUGAUGAUCUAAAUGAAUAAGAAAUUCAUAGCAAAUAAAAAUUUUAAUAUUUUCCAUUUAUUUUCAUGACAAUUUUUUUUCGAAAACUUUUUAAAAAUUAAAUUGCUUAAACAAUCAAUACAAUAGGAACUUGAUCAGUUAAACAAUUUAGAUGUGAAAAAGUUUUCC